AUGGCUUCGAAUCUGUCUACUCGAGCGGUCAGGUCCGCCUGCAUCGCAUCGAGAGUCGCUCCUCGUCCUAUCACGACCAUCGUCACCCGCCGUACCUUCGCCUCGGACCCGGAAUCCUCGACCGGUGAAGCCCCGGCGCCUCGAUGGUCCUACACGCCGCCGCGUACAAAGGCACCAUUCAGCCUGCGUAUGCACUCUAAGCGUCCCGAUUUCCACGUCAACGCGGAUCCGGCCCUGCUGGAUGAGUUCUAUACCCGCAUGCUGGGCAAUGAGGGCGACAAAAUGCUCUCAGAGGAGACGAAGUGGUUGGCUGUUACGCAUAAGAGCUUCGACCAAGGCCGCCGCGGAUUCAAUGAUCGAUUGGCCUUCCUCGGAAAACGGAUCGUGCAAUUGCAGGCUUCGCUCGCUCUCGUGCAAGACCCCGCGACCGCGAAUGCCCUUGCGGCGGAGGACCAGCAUGGCCGCGUGCCAUUCUCUCACCCGGCUCUUGAUGGCUUGAAGAAUCUUUCUACUAGUACCAAGAGCUUCCUGACGGACCGCGCGAAGCUGGCUGAGCUUGCGCAAAAAUACGAGAUGCAGAAGGUGCUUCGCUGGUCGCCCAAAAAGCCCGAUAACCUUCAGGCCUCUGGCAUCGAACUGGUUCUGGCACACACCAUGUACGCCGUCAUCGGCGCGAUUUCGCUGGAGAAGGGAGGACACAUUGCGAACAAGGUGGCUCAGGAGCGGAUACUCGAGCCUUUGGGACUCAACACGGUCGCUUGA